GCUCCGACUAGAGUGGCCGCCUCGUCCGAGAACAGAGACGUCACGAACUUUCUGUUACGUCACACGUACAGCUCGGGGCUGAAAUUCUGAUCGUAGAUAAUAGUGUCCCUCUGAGGGUGGUUUAUAAAUUGGUUCUGUGGGAUGGUGAUUUGAUAAAAGUGCGAUGGUGCGUUGUCGAGGUGUUAAGCGAGUGACCAUCAUGCAUGCCUGCACUACCCUGCUGUGGUUGGUCACCUGUUUCAACGGUUUACACGCAAUAAAAAUAGUGAAGUUUGUAGUGCCAGAGAUAAUUCAGUAUGGUGUUCAAGAUUCGGUAAUAUUAGACUGUGAUUACACGUACGGGAACAGGACUCCAGGUCUUGUGGUGAAGUGGUUCUUCAGAAGCAAAACGAGACCAGUGUAUCAGUGGAUAGUGUCACAAAAGCCACAGGACAUUGGCAUUUUGAGGGGUCGUUUGGACUUAAAUUAUAGAGCUUCAGAUGAUCCAUUAAAAAUGUACAGAGCUCUUCGAAUAGUUAAAUUAGAUACGGACAUAUCUGGUGAAUAUAUUUGUGUAGUGUCAACGUUUUUAGAUGAAGAUGUUAAGAGUAAACACAUGACUGUCUUUGUGCCGGAGACGAGUUUUCGAUUAAUCCAGAACAAGACGGAUGACGACACGGUCAACGUCAUCUGUGCAGCGGACGGAGCCUUCCCUGCGCCAAACCUUACUAUAGCGACACCAGAAAAACAUCUACAAGGAGUGGACCACAAAGUGCAACUAGUCAACGGAAGGUACUCAGCAGUAUCGUCCGUCACACUCAAUGAUGCAGACCUACCUUCACCGGCAGAAUUCAUUUGUACGCUAAGAAUACCACAGGCAAAGUAUGCCGUUAGAAAAGAAGCCAUUUAUUAUCCAGAUCUGAGGUUAGUCUAG